CCGCCGUUUAUCUUCAGUCUUGAAUGGUUGCCUGAGAUAGAGAGCAGACUGCUAUCACCAUUGCAAGAUGCAUCUCGUUUUUGCCAUGGCCGCAUCGUUUGUCUUUCUUCUGGCUAACUCUAUCUUGCUUCAAGCUACCAUUACUGGGCCAGCUCCUACAGGUGGUAAUGGUCCUGGGCCUCAGGUGUGUCCAAUGUGCUGCCGGGGACCUGCUGGGACACCUGGAAUUCCUGGCCUACCCGGAAGUCAGGGUCAGUUUGGACCUACAGGGGCGAAGGGCGAUGUUGGGGUCAAGGGUCAGAAGGGUGAGAUUGGUCUAGUUGGCGCUGUUGGACACCCUGGCCCCAAAGGGAACGACGGAAUGGGCCUGCCUGGUAAGGUGGGUCCCAGAGGUCCACCUGGUUUAAUUGGAAACACCGGGGAAGCGGGGGUCAAAGGUCAGAAAGGCGAGGCGGGAGAGACUCCUGGUAACUCUGCCCCUCUGGUGGCGUUCACCGUGACGCGAAGAAGUGGCUCGGAUCCCUCUACUAGUCACGAUACUCAUUUGCCCUUUGAGCAUGUUGAGACGCUUCUGCUGGGUACUACCUUUGAUCUUGCAACUGGGACAUUCACCUGUAAUGUGGCGGGGACCUACGUGUUCACGUUUUCUGUAGGCAAAUAUUCCUCCAGCCGCCUCUGGGUUCAUCUUAGGAAAAACAACGACGUGGUUGUCUCUGGCGGUAACAAUGAUUCCAGUCACAAUGAACAGGUGUCUGGGAGCGCGGUGCUGGUUCUGCAGCGAGGAGACUCGGUGUAUUUGACCAUGUUCGGUAGGGCGUACAGUGAGUCCACCUAUCACACCACUUCAUUCAGUGGAUUUCUCCUUCACGCGGAACAUGAAGAAACCCUGCACUAGAUUUUGGGCUUUGGGGCUACUUCAGGCGCGUUUUUUUGCAAUGCUUCCAAUUGCAAAGUGUUUAUCAUUCCUGGAACCUUGUAUGCAUAGGAACCUACAACCAAUUUCGAUCAUAAUUUGUAUGUCUUUUUCUCCCACUGUCUUUGCUUGCGUAACAUUCACAUAUUCCCUUAAAACACCUUUCUGUUGACGUUUCUGUGGAUGUUUUUGAGAGGCACGUAUUAUUCAUAUCAACGAGAAAUUAUGCAAAACUAAAAUAAUUAACACAAUAAACAAAUUUUUAAUCAUUCUCCAUGUACUUGAACAAUUUAGAAACAGCCAUUCACCUUCAACAAACUUAAUAAUGUAACAAUUUUACUUUGGAACUAAUUAAAUAUAAAAUUAAUUUUAAAAAUAAUGUCCU